AAAUCUGAGGAGCUUUUUCUUUUCUUUAUUUUUUUUUUUGUAUUUGUCGUUGGAAUGACGGUCUAAAUUUCUUCCCGAUGUAACUUUUUUGAUAGGCUCCCCCCAGCAGGAAAUAAACCACAAGCGUCAAGUUCGCAGCCAAUUACAGAGGGUUACGGCCGUCCGAGUUAAAAAGCAAAGGAGAACCCUGCCUCUGGCGGUGAAAACAAGACCCCCAGACAGAAAAAAGUUCCGCGAAGAUCAGGCUUCUCCGCUGUGAGGGAGUGCUAUAGGCUAUGGGCAGAGUGAUUAAUUACGCUGGAGAGAACCUGUGCCGCGUGUUUCCAAUAAAUUAGGAGCUCCGGGAACUUUUACGCACACAGGUGAGGAGUUGGAUGCGCGCAUUUUGAGGAUAUUGAGGAUACAGCUUGAGGAAGGACUGCGCAAUCAAAAGGCCAUUUCGGACUGUAUUCAUGACGUUUAUCAAAACAGCGCUUUGGAUAAAUACCAGAGAUUUGUAAUACCCAUAUGGUUGGAAGUGAGGCGCUUCAAAUGGACGGUGGUAAUUGCUCCAGCUCGGUGGUGGAUGUGGAUGACAGCCCGGUCUCCAGUCCCGGCUCCAGCCCCAGUCCGGACGGCCGUCGUCGCGGUGAGCUGCACCGGCCCAGGGCGCUGCAGGCCGGCGCGCUCGGCGGCAGAGGACGCCCGGCGGCGGCCAACGCGGCGCGGGAGAGGAGCCGGGUGCAGACGCUGAGGAACGCGUUCUUGGAGCUCCAGAGGACUUUACCGUCGGUGCCGCCGGAUACCAAGCUGUCCAAACUCGACGUGUUGAUACUAGCCACCACCUAUAUUGCCCAUUUGACUCGAACACUGCAGGAGGAAGGCGCAGAUGAAGGAGAGAGCACAAAACAAACAGAAGCGUUACACUCACUGAAAGGUGAAGGCUACCUGCACCCUGUAAAGAAAUGGCCAAUGCGAUCCAGAUUGUACGUCGGAGCAACUGGACAGUUCCUGAACAAUCCUUCCGACUCAGAGAAUCAAGGCCCGUCGUCCUCCUCCUCUUAAUAGGCCUACAUGAAUUUCAUGUAGCCACGAAAGCGACAUGACAUUUGCAUGAGCUCCAAAAUAAAAAUAAAGAAAAAAAGAAAAACUGUCCUUCCACUGCAGCUCGAAGACGAUGUAAAUUAAUAUAUUGCGUGAAUUUUACUGUAUAUAACUGUCGAACAAAAUACGCAUGCAUUUUCUUGUUGUUAGUUUAUGUGUGCGCCAUGCAGCUCCACGCAUGUCCCGUGUCUGAUCUCUGCAGAAAUUCCGUGGAGCCCGUCAUGCUUGAGCGUGCACUUUGACUUGAGACAUUUGCACUAAAUGCAUGUGUGAAUAACUUAGCAUCUGUCAUGUGAAGUGGUCUGUCAGAGGGCCGACAAUGGAGGCUUUUUAUCUCGUGUUUCUUCUUUUUACAUGCAUGGUUGUAAAUGUGUGUUUUUGUGAAUAAAUUACAAAAGAAUGCAAGAAGAAAAGACUUCGAAGAAUUUAAGAAAAGCAUACUUGUACGAUUAAUCUUUCUUUCUUUCUCUCUUUUUUUUUAAACAAAUGCUCUUUUUUACAGCAUAGGCAAUUACAUUAUUUAAUUUAGUCUAGUAUCGCUUUGGUGAUAUAUCAGAUAAUAUAUUCUGCCAUCCUUAGGUAAGUAUAAAAAUGUUUCGCGUCAGUAAUUAAUAGCAGAAAUAGAUUAAAGGAAAAUGUAAAAUAAAACCAUUUUAUCCCGUACAUCUACAUUUGAAUCGCUUUAAAUAUCAAGGAUACGAAGAGAAAAACUGUUAAUAAAAUAAUCACUUGAUAUUGAGCAUAAAUAAUUAUGCUGGAGUUUAAAACAUUAACAAACAGAAUAAGCUGUCUAAUAUAUUUGUUCUGAAGUCGCAAUUUUAAAACGUUGGAAACCAUAAUUUUGGAGAUAAUUGCAACAAAUGUCUGAAUUUUAUUUUUUUAAAUUAUUAUUAUUAUUAUUCUUGCGGCACUUUUUGAUACGAGAAUCAACUAUAAUGAUGUCAAAAUAUUUUUAAGCAUGCAUGAUUCAUUGUUUAAUUCCGUUUUUUUGCACAAUGAUGUUUUCAGAUGUGUACAAAGUUAAGCUAAAAUGACAGAAAUACAUGUUUUACCGUUUCAAUACACAACUUGGGGUUUACUUGCUUGACCAGAUAUGAACUGCAACUGCAUUUGAUGUAUUAUUAUGGUGGUUUAAAUGCUCAGCGUUUGCAGUCCGUGGCGGUCCCUUCUGCUGCGCGUCUCGAUGCAGUGCGCAGCUCUGACGCGCAGGAAGGACCAGACAGAGCGGAAGAAGUCCCACUCGGCGCCGAGAAUUUAACCAAAGCGUUCCUGCCAGCAGACCGCCGUUUAUUUGUACUAAUGCUGAUCCGUUUAGAUCCUGUCAGUCUUCACCAUGUGGCCAUAAGAUUUGUCAUGUUGGUGAUCAGAGACGCAGCCAUUUAUCUCCAUCCAGAUUGAGGUGAUAGGUUGCAGCUUUUUUUUAAGGAACAUCCCUAAAUGCUGAUUUGUCAUGUUGGUGAUCAGAGACGCAGCCAUUUAUCUGUUUCCAGAUUGAGGUGAUUGGUUGCAGCUUUUUUUAAAUGCUGGUAAGUCAAUAUUGUAUUUAUUCAGCAGGCAUUCGAGUUGUAAUGGUGAGUUCCACCUUUUUUUCCGUUUACCCAUCAGACCUAAACGGAAUGCUGAAAACGUGACAAACUGAACUAGUACUGUUCUUACCUUUACUUAAAUGAUUGCUUUCAUUUUUAACUCAUUUUCUGAUUAUUUUGGCAGGUGUCUGGAACCAGUUGAGUGAGUGCACAUUUGUGAAAGAAUGGGUCGCUGUCAGGAGCUCAGUGAAUUCCAGCGUGGAGCUGUGAUAGGAUGUCACCGGUGCAACAAAUCCAGUCGUGAAAUUUCCUCGCGUGUUGUAAGAAAAUGGAAGUGUUUGAGAAUGACAACAACUCUGCCACGAAGAGGUAGGCCACAUAAACUGACGGAGCGGGGUCAGCGGAUGCCGAUACACAUAGUGCGACGAGGUCACCAAGUUUCUGCAGAGUCAAUCACUACAGACCUCCAAACUUAGUACCAGUGAAAGGAACUCUGAAUGCUUCAGCAUACCAAGACAUUUUGGACAAUUCCACGACAAUUCCACUGAUGCACAUGACUGUGCAUCAGUCCAUCAGUGGAUGGCAGAGUCUGAACUUGACUGGCCUGCACAGAGUCCUCACCUUAACCCGAUAGAACACCUUUGGGAUGAAUUAGAGCAGAGACUGAGUGCCAGACCUUCUCGUCCAAAUGUGCUUCUGGAGUAAUGGUCAAAAAUUCCUAUAAACGCACUCAUAAACCUUCCCAGAAGAGGUGAGGCUGUUCUAGCUGCAAAAUGUGGACCGUCAUUGAAUCCUAUGGAUUAGGAAUGGGAUGUCACUUAAACUCAUAUGUGAGUCAAGACAGGUGAGCCAAUAGUUUUGGCAAUAUAGUGUAUUACAAUUCUGUAAGUUUAAUUUAAGGCUGCUGUUAAAUUGAUACUUGACUCAAAUCUGUUCAUGUUAUUUCUUAUUUUAUACUUUGUGUGAAAAUGCAUGCUUCUAUUUGCUUUUCACUUUGCUACUACAGGACAAUAAAGUAUAUUUCUAAAAUGUUUUUUUUUUUAGUCUUUCAAGUCACAUUUCUGUUAUAAAUAAUAAACUUUAUAAAUCUAAA